AGCGCGGGGACCCGGAUGUGAGCAGAGCAGGCCGGAGAGGGGAGCCCCAUGGAGGGAGCGGGGCCGCUCUGCCCGCGCCAUGGAUGACCUCCACCUGCACUACAGGUUCCUCAACUGGCGCCGGCGCAUCCGCGAGAUCCGCGAGGUCCGCGCCGGCCGCUUCCAGGAGCGCUCCAAGCACAUCCUGGUGGAUGGGGACACCCUCAGCUACCACGGGAGCUCCGGUGAGGUCGGCUGCUACGUGGCCCCACGGCCCCUCACCAGGGACAACAACUACUUCGAGGUGUCCAUCGUGGACAGCGGUGUGAGGGGCACCAUCGCCGUGGGGCUGGUGCCCCAGUUCUACAGCCUGGACCACCAGCCCGGCUGGCUGCCCGGCUCUGUGGCCUACCAUGGUGAUGAUGGCAAGCUCUACAGUGGCCGGGCCAAGGGCCGUCAGUUCGGCUCCAAGUGCAGCUCCGGCGACCGCGUUGGCUGCGGCAUCGAGCGCGUGUCCCUGGAGGUGCGCACGGCGCACGUGUUCUUCACCCGCAACGGCAAGAGGGUGGGCUCCACGGAGGUGCCGCUCUGCGCUGAGGGGCUCUUCCCGGCCGUGGGGAUGCACUCUCUGGGGGAGGAGGUGCGGCUGCACCUGCGGGCAGCGCUGCGGCCCGAGCCCGACGACCGCAUGGUGGUGGACAGCGGGGAGGAGGAGUGGGGCCGCCUGCACGACGUGCGCGCCUGCGGGACGGUGCUGGAGUACGUGGGGCAGGGCAAGAGCAUCGUGGAUGUGGGGCUGGCCCAGGCGCGGUGCCCGCUCAGCACCCGCAGCCACUACUUUGAGCUGGAGAUCGUGGACCCGGGCGAGAAGUGUUACAUAGCCCUGGGGCUGGCACGCAAGGACUACCCCAAGAACCGGCAUCCCGGCUGGAGCAGGGGCUCGGUCGCCUAUCAUGCAGAUGAUGGGAAGCUGUUCCAUGGCAGCGGAGUUGGGGACCCCUUUGGACCCCGCUGCUACAAGGGCGACAUCAUGGGCUGUGGCAUCAUGUUCCCGAGGGACUACAGCCUGGACAGCGAGGGUGACAGCGACGACCCCAGCGACGGGGGGGAGGUGCGGGGCCGCGCGGUGCGGAACGUGAUGUACCUGCCCCCCGAGGAGGAGGAGGAGGAGGAUGGAGAGGAGCUGGAGCCCGAGCACGGCGGCAGGAAGGUGGUGGUGUUCUUCACCCGCAAUGGGCAGAUCAUUGGCAAGAAGGAGGCGCUGGUGCCCCCCGGGGGGUACUUCCCCACAGUGGGAAUGCUGAGCACGGGGGAGAAGGUGAAGGUGGAUCUGCACCCCCUCAGCGGGUAGGGGGGGCCCCCCCAUAACCUCCCCCAUUUCCUUCCCCCCCCCCAUGCACUUUAAUGCCAUUCCCCCCAAUGUAUUAUUU